CUUCCACUCUCCCUUGACCUGUCUCCUUCACCUGCUGAUUGCUGUGCCGCUCCGCUCCGCUCCGGUGGCAUCUGCAUCUGCAUCUCCAUCCCUCGAUCUGUCUUCUCUCAGGGUGGAAUAAGCGUGACAAUGGAGGCUCCACCCGUGGCGCUGUUCGACACCCUCAAGGCAGCCAAACCGUUCUUCUUGUUGGCUGGUCCCAACGUGAUUGAAUCGGAGGAGCACGUCCUGAAGAUGGCCAAACACAUCAAAGCAAUUACGACCAAGCUUGGAAUUCCGCUCGUGUUCAAGUCCAGCUUUGAUAAAGCAAACCGUACAUCAUCAAAAUCAUUCCGUGGUCCUGGUCUUGAAGAAGGUCUUAAGAUCCUUCAAAAGGUGAAAGCAACAUAUGACCUUCCGAUAGUCACUGAUGUGCACGAAAGCCACCAGUGUGAAGCUGUUGGAAGAGUUGCUGACAUCAUACAGAUUCCAGCCUUCCUCUGUCGCCAGACUGAUCUUCUAGUGGCUGCUGCUAAGACUGGAAAAAUUAUCAAUAUCAAGAAAGGACAAUUCUGUGCGCCUUCUGUUAUGGUGAACUCUACAGAGAAAGUAAGGCUUGCUGGGAAUCCAAAUGUGAUGGUCUGUGAGCGUGGUACCAUGUUUGGCUACAAUGAUCUAUUUGUUGACCCAAGGAACCUUGAGUGGCUGAGGGAAAGCAACUGCCCAGUUGUAGCUGAUGUAACACAUGCUCUACAGCAACCAGCUGGAAGAAAGCUUGAUGGUGGAGGUGUUGCAAGCGGUGGGCUACGAGAACUAAUACCGUGCAUUGCAAGGACUUCUGUUGCUGUUGGUGUUGAUGGUAUUUUCAUGGAGGUACAUGAUGACCCCUUGAAUGCACCAUGCGAUGGCCCAACUCAAUGGCCGUUGCGCAAUCUGGAAGAGCUGUUGGAGGAAUUAAUUGCAAUUGCUCGAGUUACCAAGGGAAAGAAGCCAUUCAAGAUCGACCUCACUCCGUUCCAGGAGUGAUCUGCUUUGGUUGAUAGAAAGCACAAUGCCACCAUCCAUGGAAUUCCACAGGGUGGAUUUCAAUAUGAAUUGAGUACUUGCUAUUGUUGGGAGUAUACCUGCAGUGGAUGACUUAGACUAUCUCUAGCAGAUUCUUUAUCUCAUUCCGUAUUUUAUUUCCUUUUUCAAACUCCACUCCGCAAACAGUGUCAAACAGUGUUGUCAUCUACAGUUUCGCAUUCCCUGUUUUACCCUAUCUACUCGAGACAGUCUUAUCACCGAACAAACUAUUGUGUUGAAACCUGCCGGAUUGGUUUGUGUUAUUUCACCAGUUGUGCCAUGUUGGACUAACAAUAUCGCUAAACAAAUGCAAUUGUUGGUUAUGUUCU